CACUGGAGGAUGAGGUAGAGGAGGAGGGGGGAAAAAAAGUGCGCAUGCAGCUAACUUGACGUAAAGUCUUCCAGAGAGAGAUGUUUGCCAUACCGCCAGUACCUACUUAAUCAUAGUGUGGACCAAAAGUUGUCAUCCAGUAUAAAUGUUAAAUAACAGAAGCGUCUCCAGAGAGAGCUGAGGACGAAUCACGAUAGGUCGACUCUUCACUCCCGUUUCUCUUCUUCUGGGUCCUCUUUGCCAUACAAAUUACAAGUGACAGCAGUUGACCAACACGUUCUCUUGAUCUCCGUUGUCUCCAGUGGAGGGUGAUGAGUUUGGCAGAGAGCCUGCGGCUUCUUCUGCUUUUGGCCUUGACCUCCAGGGCUGCAGGCCUUAAUAUCCCUCUGAAAGUGGAACAGCCGCCAACCAUAAUAACGUAUACAUCAGGUCCCAUAAUUGUACUUCAUUUUGACAACACCAUUACUGUCAAGUGUAAAGCCCGGGGCAAUCCACCACCAGAGUACAGAUGGGAAAAAGAUGGCCAAGAGAUUGUUCCCCCAAACUUUCAGAUAAUGAAAGCAAACCAUACAAAGGGCACACUUGUGCUUCACAGUGAGGACAUGUCCCGGUUCCAGGGAAAAUACAGAUGCUUUGCCUCUAACAAGUUGGGAACUGCUAUGACAGAUGAGAUCGAGAUUAAAGUUUUCAGUGUUCCCAAGUUUCCAAAGGAAAACCUCAAUCCCAUUGUUGUUAAGGAGGGAGAACCAAUCACCCUGCAGUGCAACCCUCCAGGAGGUGUGGCCCCACGCCACAUCUACUGGAUGACUGUUGAUCUCCAGCACAUUGAGCAGGAUGAGAGGGUUUCCAUGGGAACUGAUGGCAACCUGUACUUCUCUAAUGCCUUACAGAAAGACAGUCGCCCGGAUUACGGUUGCUUCGCUGCCUUCAACAGGAUACGCACAAUUGUCCAGAAAACCGCCAUGGCUGUUGUGGUCAAAAGCUUAAAACCUGCCAAUGAAUCUUCUGAGAGCAGCGAUGCCCCUGUGGCCCCCCCAGCGAGAACACCCAGCCUGCUGCUGCCCUCUGGUGUUCAGACAGAGAAGGUGUUGUUGAAGGGAGAGGAUCUGCAGCUCGAAUGUAUACCAGAGGGAUUUCCUACACCAACUGUAAAGUGGAUGAAAAUGGGAGAAACCAUGACUACUCGGGUAAAACUGAACAACUUCAACAAGCUGUUGACCAUAUCAGCUGUAGAAGAGAGUGAUCAAGGGAAAUACAUGUGCACAGCUGAAAACUCUGCUGGAAAAGCCGUCCACUACUUUGAUGUAAUAGUGGAAGAGCCACCAAAGUGGCUGACAGAGCCUCCUCAGGGCCAGCUUACUGUGAUUGGGUCUGAUGUGCACAUCAAGUGCUCCGUCAGUGGAAAACCACCAGCAAUAAUAACAUGGAGGAAGAAUGGAGUAAUUUUCAGAGGUGGCACAAAUGACAAGAGGGAAGUGAUUGAUGACACUGUGGUACUUCGUAAUGCCGAACCAGAGGACAGUGGCGUCUACCAGUGCGAAGCCUCCAACAGACAUGGCAAUCUUCUGGCCAACAUUAACAUCAUGGUCAUGAAUAUGGCUCCUCUUAUACUGACGAGGAACAACCAAGAGUAUGUUGUAGUGGUCGGAAAGGACAUCACCAUGAACUGCAGUGUUUUCAGCUCCCCACCAUCCACCAUCUUUUGGGCCAAAGAUGAAACACCAAUUGAGCGGGAACGCUUUCUUGCUCUUGAGAACGGACAAUCACUGAGAAUCAUUAACACAGAAAAAGGUGACAGUGGGAAAUACGAGUGCAUUGCCAAUAACACGGAGGGCUUGUCAACCGUCACCGCUGUGCUGGAUGUGAAAGACCCUACGAAAAUAGUAGGUCCACCUCAGAACACACAGGUUGUCAGCGGGACAACGGCCCAGUUGAUGUGCAAGUAUAAGUAUGAUAAAACCCUGCAGGACAGCUUUGAGCUGGUGUGGACAAAGAAUGAUGUGGAGAUCCCACUUUCCUCUGAGAAAAAUUCCAGAUACUCUGCGGACGAUGGCAUACUGCAGAUCAUGAGUGCAAACGUGAGCGAUCAGGGAGUGUAUACAUGCACUGCUAAAACAAGCCUGGAUGAGGACUCUGCUACUGCACUACUCAUGAUACUUGAUGCUCCUGAUGCUCCAGUGAAGUUAGAGCUAUCCGAACUUGAUAGUCCGAGGAAUGUCGUUUUGUCUUGGAUACCUGGAAGUGAUCAUAACAGCCCAGUAACAGAAUUUGUAGUGGAGUAUGAGGAGAACCGCUGGGAGCCUGGAAGGUGGAAGGAGCUACGGAAAGUCACCGGUAACCAGGCAACAGCUGAGCUAAAACUACACGGAAACCUUAACUACCAGUUCAGAGUGUAUGCUGUUAACGCCAUUGGACCCGGACCCCCGAGUGAGCCAUCUGAGAGAUACAAAACACCCCCUGCUGCACCUGACAGGAACCCGGAAAACAUCAAAAUUCAAGGCCAUCGUCCUCAUCAGAUGGAAAUUAGCUGGGAGCCACUGUCACCUAUUGAGCGCAACGGCCCAGGCUUUGAGUACAAGGUGAAGUACCGCCAACUGGGAGUGCAAGAUAACUUCACGGAGCACAUGGUCAACAGAUCCGUGUUUCUUCUCAACAACACACCCACCUUUGUCCCCUACGAGAUAAAAAUUCUGAGCAGAAACAGCUACGGCUGGGGGCCAGAACCUAAGCCUGUUACAGGUUACUCUGGGGAAGAUUUUCCUACUGCAGCACCACGGGACAUUGCUGUGGAGGUGAUCAACACCACUGUUCUGAGAGUUAGCUGGACCCCAGUUCCACCCGCCACGGUGCGAGGUCGUCUGGGGGGUUAUAAUGUUCACUGGGUGAGGAGAAGAAGCCUUCUGAAUCCCAACAAGAUUUUAGAUGUGCGUCACUCUAUGUCCUUCAGUGGAAACAGGAGUCAUGCCAUUGUGCCGGGCCUCGACCCUUUCUCUGAAUACAAACUCACGGUCCAUGUUUUCAACAAGAAGGGCAAUGGACCCAAGAGUGAUCCAGUGACCUUCAAUACCCCAGAGGGAGUUCCAGCACAAGUGCCCAUCCUGACUUCCUCCAUCACCCAGAAAGAUUCAGUUAGGCUGGAAUGGUCACCACCGCUGGAGUCACAUGGCAUCCUCUCUGGUUAUCUCCUGCAGUACCACCUCAUUAACGAGACGGCACUCGAGGUGAUUGAUUCCAAAGAGAUCAACAUCACCGAGGCUGACACCACCCAGUGGACACUUCAGGGAUUAAAGGAGGACAGCCUUUAUCGCUUUGACCUCAGGGCCUGCACUCGAGCAGGCUGUGGACCUCCACAAGCCCAGGAGAGCAGAACAGUUACUCUAGCAGAUGUGUCCCAGACUCCAGCUGUGGCCCCUGCUCAGAGCAGCUACAACUGCUCUCUCUCUGUUCCCAGCUCUAUCUCAGGCAAUUCUACUCAUCCUCCUUUAGUUCCAGUGCUGUUGAACAUAAGCUCUUAUGUGAGUGACACCUUUGCCAAAAUCAGCUGGACUGCCAGAGAAGAGCAGCGGAACUUGCAGCUUUAUGUGGCUUAUAUGAAUAACCGUGAUGGGAACUGGCGGAUUUCAGAGGCCGUAAACGCUUCUCAAAGUUUCCACAUAAUCGAUGGGCUCGAAUCCGGGACGGUGUACACUGUACGCCUCAUGGCUAAGAGGCUGCUUGAUAACGCUAGUAUUUUCGAAGAUGUUAUCGAGACACGCACCACAGGUUUGGAGAGUCAGAGGAGUGAAUUUUCAACCCAUGGCUGGAUCAUUGGGACCAUGUGCGCCAUGGCAUUACUCAUCCUUGUUGUGCUUAUUGCCUGCUUUUUGCGGAAAAACAAAGGUGGCAAGUAUGCAGGUACGCCGCCGCCACGGCGACAAGACAUGCUCUCCAUGGAAAAAGUGAAAGAAAAGGAAGAUCUCCAGCCUGACACGGAGUCACAGAGAAUGAAUGAUGACACCUUUGGAUACAGUGACAGCGAUGAAAAGCCGCUGAAGGGCAGUAGCCUGUGUUCCCUGAAAGGAGAUGAUGCAACUGGGGACAGCGUCAGCAGAGACAGCUUGGUUGACUACGCAGACGGCGAUGGAGAAUUCAGUGAGGACGGCUCAUUUAUUGGAGAAUAUUCUGGACGCAAACAUAGAGGCUCUGUUAGCGAGCCCAACGGACCCGUCCUUGUGACCGUAUAAAGCCGAGCUCCAACUGAAACUACUUCUGCUUCAGAUCCUUUCAAGUCACUUUUUAGAUUCAGAUUCCCUGACAUUCAGUAUAGCUCGAAUAGCCAAAUAAGAGAAAUGACUCAAGCAAGAAAGUGUAAAAGAGGGCAGAGGUUUUGCCCACAGCCUUUAACAGAAACAAAAACAUUGUGUGUCUUUGUACAUACUGUAAGAAAAAUGAUUAUUGUAAGAUUUUAAAGUUGGAUGCUUUUAUUAAUGGUAAAGUGUUUUUAACCUUUCAGCCACAGUUUUUGUACAUUGUUUUUUGUUUGCUUUUCUUUUGUUUUGUACUGUAACAAAGUCAUCAAAACAUGCAUUUUGUUUACACUGCAGAUAAAACUAACACAUAUAGUAGAUAUGCAUCUAUGUCUGUAGCACGUUUACACAUUUAUGAUAUACAGUACAAUGCAGGAUGUCAUAUUUAUUGAAGACAGAAUCACUCCUAUGAUUACCAAUACUGUUCUUUCACUGUACAUUUUUUGUCGAUAUGCAUAUUUCAAAGCUGAUUAUUUGUGAUUUUUUUUUUUUUUAUAAUCAAAAUAUGUGUUUUCUUGCUUUUAUAUCCAACAGACAACAUAAAUCUAUAAGCAACAUGCAUGCCUUUGGAUUUUUGGGGAAAUUGCAGCAGGAAAAUAUCAGUUUUUAGAAAGAAGGAUGAAUAUCUUCCUGCUUCCUGCAUUUGCAGUGGAGUGUCAUCAUGAACUUAUUAAAGCCUCGAUGGAUGAA